AUGGAUAUUCGGGAAAAGAUUUCCUUGAAGCCACCAAGUUAUAGUACCUUAUUAGAGGCUGCAUUGAGGGUAGAAGAAUGUUUGAUUGAGAAAGAUGCAAUGACAGCUAAGAAAAGAAAGAUGAUAAAUGAAUAUGGUGGUUUAGAAAGGAAAGGAAGAGACAUUUCUUUUAGAGGUUCUAGGUCUCAAGGGAGUAGAUAUUAUGGGAGAGGGGUUAGCCAGCAAAAUGUGAGUAAGUAUGCUACAGUGAUAUUGGGUAGAGGCGGACGAAGUGGUUACAGCCAAAGUAGGGUAGAGAGUAAGAGAGGUGAGGGAGGUGUUUCAAUUAGUCGAGGAUAUAGUUCACCAUGUGCUAGAUGUAAUAGGUUUUACAGUGGAGAAUGUUGGGGAACAAGGAAGAUACUUUGUUUUUACUGUAGUAAGCCGGGGCAUAUAACUAGAGAUUGUUGGAGUAAAAAUCGAGCUAGUGAAAGUCAAGUUUCAGGACAGAGCAGCAUAGGUGAAAAUAUGACUCAGGGAGGAGUAAGUAGAGCAAGAGGUAGAGGAAUAGGACGAGGAGAAGGUUUUAACAUGGUGCAGGCUGGACAGAUAGGCCAACCUCAGCAAUCACUGCCCCAAGCUAGAGUGUAUGCAGUGACAAGACAAGAAGCACCUUCUGCAACUGAUAUUAUGACUAGUAAAAUCUCUAUUUAUGGUUUUGAUGCUUAUAUGUUAAUUGAUCCAGGAUCAACAUGUUCAUUCAUUUCAUAUGAAUUUGCAUUGAAAAACCACAAUGAUAUAGAAACCUUGGGGUAUAACAUUUAUGUAUCAAUGCCUGUUGGGGGUACUGUAAUUGUAGAUAAGGUUGUCAAAACUUGUCUUGUGAUCAUAAAUGGGAACACACUGUAUGCGGAUCUAGUAGUGAUAAAACUUAAGGAAUUUGAUAUUAUUUUAGGAAUGGAUUGGCUAUCUAAGGAUCAUGCUAUAGUAGAUUGUCACACAAAAGAAGUGGGUUAUGAAGCUUAUUUGGCUAAUGUGGUGGAUGUAUCCAAAGUUAGUCCAGGAGUAAUGAAUAUUCCAGUAGUGAAGGAAUUUGCAGAUGAAUUUCCAGAAGAACUACCGGGUUUACCUCCACAUCGAGAGACAGACUUUGAGAUAGAAACUAUACCUGGAGAAGCACCAUUAAAUCAUUUUACCAUAAAGAACAAAUAUCCUUUUCCACGGAUUGAUGACUUAUUAGACCAGUUAAAAGGAGCAACUGUACUCUCCAAGACUGAUUUGAGGUCUGGAUAUUGGCAAUUGAGAAUUGCAGAGGCACACAUACCAAAGACUGCAUUUAGAACACGAUAUGAAUUUAUUGUGAUGCCAUUUGAACUAAAAAAUGCACCUGCUGCUUUUAUGUCUCUAAUGAACGAAAUAUUUCAGAGGUAUCUAGAUCGUUUUGUCAUUGUGUUUAUCGAUGAUAUAUUGAUUUAUUCUGAAACUCGAGAACAGCAUGAAGAACAUUUGAGAAUAGUGUUGCAGAUUUUGAUAGAAAAGCAACUUUAUGCAAAAUCUAAUAAAUAUGAGUUCUGGCUAGAAGAAAUUGCAUUCUUGGGGCAUAUUGUUUUCAAAAAUGGUGUACAACCUGAUUCUUCGAAGAUCGCAGCCGUAAAGGAGUGGGAAUCCCCUAAAAAUGUAUUAGAGGUACGAAGUUUUUUAGGAUUAGCUGGAUAUUAUAGGAGAUUUGUUGAAGGAUUUUCAAUCCUUGCUAAACCAUUAACAAACUUGCUGAAGAAGAAUGUCAUAUUUAAAUGGGAUGCUAAAUGUGAGAAAAGUUUUGAAGAAUUGAAGAAAAGACUUAUUUAUGCACCAGUUCUAACCUUACCAUCAGGAAGUGGUGGAUAUGCAAUUUUUACAGAUGCGUCACAACAGGGAUUGGGGUGUGUGUUAAUGCAAAAUGGAAAAGUCAUUGCUUAUGCUUCUCGACAGUUAAGGAGUUAUGAACUGAAUUAUCUGACUCAUGAUCUGGAAUUGGCAGCAAUUGUGCAUGCUAUAAAAAUCUGGAGGCAUUAUUUGUAUGGAGAAACAUUUCAGAUUUUCACUGACCAUAAAAGUUUAAAAUAUAUCCCAAUACAAAAAGAGUUAAACUUAAGACAAAGAAGGUGGAUGGAGUUGUUAAAGGAUUAUGAUUGUAUUAUAGAUUACCAUCCGAGAAAAGCCAACAAAGUUGUUAAUGUUUUGAGUAGGAAAACCAUUGAGAAAAGUGUUGGAAUGACUUGUCAUACAGUACAAUCAUUAGUAGAGCUUAGAACAUUGCAUGUAGAAAUUGCACUUCGGGAUGAUAUACCUCUUGCAAGUAUGCAUGUCAAGCCUUUAUUGGACAGUAAAAUUCAAGAAAGGCAGAUGAGUGAUCCAUAUUUAAGAAAAAUGAAGGAUAAAGUACAACAAGGAAUGAAUGAAUAG